AUGGUAGAUUCUUUGGAAGAUGAAUACGGUACUCCAUCUUUGUCACUGAAUUUUGUGGAUACACCCGAUGGCGAUUCCUCCUUACUUCAUGGAGCUACUCAGGAUUCGCAGUUUGAAUUUGAUCAGCAAUUUACACUUCCUUCACAAGGAUGGGCAGGUACUCUUCCUGAAGUUGGUGCUGACCCAUCACAGGAAUUAGUAUUCGUAGACGAGGAAGAGUUUCCUGUGCCAGGGCAACUACCAGCACAUGCAUGCAGAUAUUGUGGUAUACAUGACCCAGCUACAGUGGCAAUGUGCAUGGUUUGUGAAAAGUGGUUUUGUAAUGGACGUGGAAGUACAUCCGCCGGUCACAUAGUUAUACAUUUAGUGCGUUCGCAACACAAAGAAGUUUCGUUACACAAGGAAGGUGCACUUGGUGAAACAGUAUUGGAAUGUUAUCAAUGCGGUUCAAAGAACAUUUUUAUGCUUGGAUAUAUUCCUGCAAAAGCAGACACGGUUGUCGUAGUGCUUUGUCGUUCACCUUGUGCAAAUCAAGCUGUUUUGAAGGAUCACUCUUGGCAGGUGGAUGAGUGGAAACCGUUGAUCAGUGAUCGGCAGUUGCUAUCCUGGCUUGUAAAGAUACCGUCUGAACAGGAGCAACUGAGAGCGCGUCAGAUAAGUGCUGUACAAAUCAAUCGACUUGAAGAACUUUGGAAGGAAGAUCCCAAAGCUGUGUUUGAAGAUUUGGAAAGGCCAGGAAUGGAUGAGGAACCAGAUCAUGUGCAGCUGAAAUAUGAAGAUGCAUAUCAGUAUAAGCGUGUAUUUGAACCGUUAGUGAAAGCUGAAGCAGACUAUGAUCGAAGAGAAAAAGAAUCUCAGACACAAAACGUCGGUCAUGUUCGUUGGGAUGUUGGUCUCAACCGGAAGCCACAAGCUUUUUUCCAGUUGCCGAAGUUUUCGGAAGGAAGUAUGAAGCUGAUGCUGGGAGAUGAAUUGCGUUUAAAGCACUCUCAAACUGCUGGUGGUGAAUGGAGUUCGAUUGGAUGUGUUAUCAAAAUUCCCGAUAAUCAUAAUGAUGAGGUUGGAAUCGAAAUGCGACUGAAGGCAGAGAAUGUACCCACCGACACACGAACGAAUUUUACAUGUGAAUUUGUGUGGAAUUCCACAUCAUUUGACAGAAUGCAGGCUGCGUUGUCUUUAUUGGGUCAAGAUGAAGAAUGUGUUUCACAGUUUAUCUACCACAAGUUGAUGGGCCACGAUAUUGAUGAUAUUAUUUUUAAAGUAUCAUUGCCAAAAAGAUUUAGUGUACCGGGUUUACCGGAGUUGAAU